CCAGGGCAGCCAGGAUACCCAGGUCAACCAGGUACACCAGGACAACCAGGCCAACCAGGAACACCGGGCCAACCAGGCAAACCAGGCCAACCAGGAACACCAGGCGAACCAGGCAAACCCGGCCAGCCAGGCUACCCAGGAGGACCAGGACAACCUACACAGCCCGGCUACCCAGGUCAACCAGGGCAGCCAGGAUACCCAGGUCAACCAGGAACACCAGGCGAACCAGGCAAACCCGGCCAGCCAGGCUACCCAGGAGGACCAGGACAACCUACACAGCCCGGAUACCCAGGUCAACCUGGACAGCCAGGAUACCCAGGUCAACCAGGUACACCAGGACAACCAGGCCAACCAGGAACACCGGGCCAACCAGGCAAACCAGGCCAACCAGGAACACCAGGCGAACCAGGCAAACCCGGCCAGCCAGGCUAC